GUCAUUCGCAGCCGUCUUUGACACCGUUUUUUUUAUCAUAUGGUAUAUUUAUAUACUUUUUGUGUUAUUUUUUUCACACAAAAUGAAUCAGCUGAACAUCUAAACAUAUACAUAUUACUCUAAUCCUUUUUAAAUGUAAAUGAGAUUAAAACAGCCAGCGGGAGAAUUUGUAGGGCUUCAAUAUUUUUUUGCACCCGCAUUUUGACGUACAUUUUCUAUCAAAACUAACGCAAGCGAAUGUAUUUUUGUGAAAUGUUUGUGUGUUUUUUGUUAUGUUCUAUUUUCACAUACACUGUAGCUUUUACCAAAGAUUACACGUACUUGGAUAUUUGCAGUAAGCAUUAUUCUAGAAAGCUUUAUGUCGAAUAUGGCACAUCAGGUGUUUUGUUAGCUGAUUAUAGUACAGGGUCCUCAAGAAAUAAUAAUAAUAAUAACGGUGGUUAUAAGGAAGGAAACUGCUCAGUAGAUUUUAUUACAUGUCCGUAUUGCAUUAUCGAAAUACAGUUCAAAUUCCUAAAUAUUUCAAGAACUUGCGACAAGACCUUGUCAUUUUCUGAAUGCAGCUGUGAUUAUGUCCUGAUCCACGAACCACCAUUCAAGGAUGCCUCUGGAGAACAGUUCUGUGGUAGAUUUCUUCAAAACAACAACGUUUCAGGGUUGGGUUAUUUGUCCAGAACCCGGUUUGCCACUGUCGAUUUUGUCUUCACCAGAAACUACGGACAUGCGUUCACGUUGAAAUUUACAGCCAAACGUAAUAGAUGGAUAUUUGAAGGAUAUCCAAAACUAGAUCACAUGAACAACAUGACUCAAAUAGUGAUGUCACCCUUUUUUCCGCAUUUAUAUCCGACUGACUUAAGUACAGAAUAUGUCAUCGAGUGUCACAGUCAAGACUUGUGCCGAAUAAGUCUAAUUUUUACAGACUUUCUAAUAGCAGAAUCCUCAAUUUUAGAGUUUUUUGAUUGGAAUGGUCAACGCAUGUAUGUCAUAUCCGGCAACAUCUUUCGACCUCCUGUCAUACUCACUUCCGGUCCAUCUCUAACAAUCCGGUUUUACGCCAACGGAGCAACGAAUUUAGGAUUCAAAGCCUCCUAUUCUUUUAUGCUGGGAUCUCUGGAUGCAAAGGCAUUUGAACCAAAUCUAGGUUGUGGUGGAGAAAUCAACAAUUUAGGUGGAGGAAUCACCAUGAUGGAUAUGGUCAGCGAUAAACCCGAAUUCUUUGAUUGUAUAUGGAUUAUAAGACCCCCUGUACAUUUCCUACACAGAAAGACACAUUUGUAUGUCAAAGUGGCGAAUUUCAGCGAUUUCGCUGGGAUGACUGAAAUGGUGUUGAGACAAGGCCUGACAUCUAGUGAGCCGGCCGUGGAAGUUUUUAGGUAUCCUCUGUCCCGUUUUAAUGCAAUGGACGAGAAAGAACACGUCGUUCCUAUAAAUCAGGGGUUCUAUAUUAAUCUGAGGGGGCUGUUUAAGCCCCAGUCUAGGGUUGCUUUGGUGUAUGCAGCAUUUAAUUAUAAAGAAUGUUUUUCUGGGCUGGAUUUUCUCUGUCAUAAUAUGAGAUGUAUUUCCACCUUGUUGAAUUGUGAUGGAUUUGAUCACUGUGGUGAUAAUAGUGAUGAAUCGCCGGAUUGUUCUCAAGAUCCUAGAGAUCAUAGAGAAUAUUCAAAAAUUCCUAACUUUCUUUUUCCAAAAGUCGAGUCCUAUGGCGAUUUAACAACAGUGACAUUUAUUUUCUUCACUUGUACUUUUGGUUUAAUAGGUGUUAUUUUUGCUAUGGCUUUAGUGUUAUAUAGACUGAACACUAGAGCAAGACACCAGAGGUGUAUUGAAGAUCAUAUGGAGACGAUUCAUGCGAUUUUAGAAGAAGGUAUGCCUGAUUUGGAAGAAGAAAUACACAUUCACGAUGAACCCCCUGAUUAUGAACCCCCACCUGAGUAUUCUGACGUUUUUAAAUAUUUUAGAAAAAUUGGAUGGGGUGGAAACACCCAUAAACAAAGGUCAAAUCCAGAACUAAGUCCUUUAAAAGCUCAUGUUUGCAAGGAAAAUUUGACCGAACUCAACGUUGCCAGUUCUAGCAGGAGCUGUCAAACCACACCUGUCAAAAUACCGCGUUCUCCACCGCCUGCAUAUGAUAAUAACGGGCUGGAACUGGAAAAUAUACCGGGAAGUUCAAAAGAUGUCGAUGCAAACGAAAAUACAUCCUGCCUUCCAGUGAGAACACUGAACAGUACUGACGUCACUCUACCAGAUGUAACUACGUGCCAAUCAACUGCUUCAUCAAGAUUUUUGAAUUUUCGCGAAAAAAAAUUCCGGAAAUCACUUUCUCAACCAAAUCUACCGAUUUAUUUUGAAAAUUCAGUAGAAAAUGGAAUGGGUAACUUACGAAAAUGCUAUUCAGCUGUUUCGUCAAGAUUUUGGACUUUUCAUUCAAUUGAAAAUUCAGUAAAGUCGGUUUCACACCCGAAUAUAGACCUUUGCUUUGAAAAUUUCACGAAAAAUAGAAGAGGAAUUUCAAGGAAAUGCUAUUCAGCUGAUGAAGUUACGUCUAUUUGAGGUUAUGUCAAUUUAAUUCUAUUAAAAACUAUGCAUGAAGUUU